AGCACGUAAUAAUAAAAAGCCCAAAAUGGACGUCCAAUUUCUCUAAGCCCUCUUCUUUGUUCGUCUUCUUCCCCAUGCGCACAGCCCACUAUUCGCAGAGGUCGCAUAGUCCCCAACACACCCCCAACAACGAAACAUCAAACCGAAACCUAAUAGAGGAAAAUCCAAAUACCAGUACACAGAAAUCAGACAGAGAGAGAGAGAGAGUUUCAUAGCGAGUCUAAGCAACCAUUUCAUGGCUGACAUUUGGAGCGAGGUGUUGUGUUCUAGGGCAAACUCGGCCUUGUUUCAAUUCUGAGCGUGUGCGCUGUUCAAAACCCUAGGAGAGAGAAAUUAGGCGAAAUUGAAGUCCUCACUGUCGUGCCCUAGCUCUCAAUUUUGCUACCCUGUCCCCAAUUUCAGUGAGUUUUAUAGACUUUGGAUUAGAUGGGAGAUUAAAGAUUUGCGGGCAUUAAGGUCGGAAUGCAUGGAUGUAGCUCAGGAUCUGCUCUCCUAGUAAAUGCAGAGGUUGAUUCCAUGGGUGGAGUGGUUGACGGCGGAAUUGGUAUUGGUUUGAAAACCUCUCCGCGCCGAGCAGCAAUCGAGAAGGCUCAAGCAGAACUUAGACAGGAGUAUGAUGUGCGGGAGGAAAGAAGAAGGGAGCUAGAGUUUCUCGAGAAAGGUGGCAAUCCUUUGGACUUCAAACUUGGAAAUGGAGCUUCUGUUAGUGUCCAGUCUACUUCACUCACUGAUCAGCAUCCAGAACAGUUUGUGACCAGUGAAGCAAAAGGUAGUUUUGCAUUGACUGCAUCACCGCGUGGGGACUCUGUUGAAAGUAGUGGUCGACCAGAGGUUCCUACACUUUGUGAACCCAAUAGUGCUGAUAAUCUCUUACUAUUUGAUGGUGACAAUGAUGUGCCUGAUGGGGAAAGGAAUUCUAUGCAUCUUAGUAGAAGGAACAACAUUGGUCCAUCGGAACAGUCGUCCCAGAUGGAUGGGACUCAAAAUGCCAAGGAAUCUGAAGACUCUGCUAUAUUCCGUCCUUAUGCUCGAAGGAACAGGUCCAGACCAAAUCGUGAUGGUACUCGAUCAAAUUCAAUGGAUAUACAGGGUCGUGGUGGUCAGGGAUCUUCUUUACCUGCUCGUGGGGUGUCAAAGGAUCCUAAGAGGCUGAUAUCUGAAACAAACAACCAAAAGGACCAACCUCCUGUCGCUAGCCUAAAGUCUGUGAGUUCAAAUGGUGAUAUUGCUCCCAAGAUUGUAACUUGUGAUAAUCAGUUCGAUAUGGAAUUGGAGGGGGUGCAGGCCCUUGAAAUAGUUACUGGUCCAACGAAAGAUAGUUCUGAAAGCAAAUUGGAUGUUACAACUCCUAAAAGUUUGAGAGAGAGCGAACACAGUCAACCAUGUCAGGUUGAUUCUCAGGAAGUGCCCAUUGACGUUUGUGGGAGACCAGAUGUUGUUGAAGAAAGGGAACCACUAGUAUCAUCUGUUCUUGAAGGUCCUUCUUGUGCAGCUACAACAAAGACUGAAAAUGAAAUCAGUUCUGCGCAGGUGAAUGGGUUUAGCAAUUCAAAUAGAGAGAGUAAAAUUGUACCAAAUGAAGUUCACGUUAGCAGUGCAGCCUUAGGCACAAAGGGUUUAGAUUCAGAGUCUUCUUGCACCCAAACUAGUGUAGGAUUAGAUGUAAAUAAUGAUAGUGACAUAUGUACUACUACAAGGAACACUGAUAAUGGAAAUAUUAUCGAAUCAUCAGAUGUUGAUGGGGCACAAAAUCUGGCUGGUGGUGAAAUGGUACAAGAAGGUAAUGAAACCAAAGCUGUUGACAGUGGUUGUAUUGUUAAUGAUCACCAGGCUUCUGUUUGUCAAAACCACUCUGGCAAUGGUGAAGUCAAAGAUGAGGAGGAUAUGAGUGAAAGUAGACCUGAGUUGCAUAAUGAAGCUAAGCUUCAUUCAAACAUUGAGGGGGAACAACCGAGUGACCAUACAAUAUCAGGAACUGAUAAGAAAGUGGAUGAUGUGUUGGAUAAUAGUUCCAAAAUCAACAAAGAGAACUCUUGCACUAGCAUAUCUCAGGGUCCUCAGGACUUAUCUAUGUGUGAGGUCCCUGAGACUGUUUUGUCAGGGAGAGAUACAGCUGCAGGUUCUGACUGUCAAACUCCAGGAGUUCACUUGAAAGUGAUAGACAAGGCACAUGAAGAUUCUAUACUGGAAGAGGCUCGGAUUAUAGAGGCUAAGCGUAAGAGGAUUGCUGAAUUAGCUGUUCAUUCUUUACCCUCGGAGAAUCGCCGAAAGUCUCAGUGGGAUUUUGUCCUCGAGGAAAUGGCGUGGUUGGCAAAUGAUUUUGCACAGGAGCGUCUUUGGAAGCUAACUGCUGCUUCUCAAAUAUGUCAUCGUGUUGCUUCUACUUCUGGGUUGAGAAUGGAAAAGCAGCAUCAACAUUGGGUGCUAAAGAAAGUGGCUCAUGACUUGGCAAGGGCUGUCAAGCAAUUUUGGCAUUCAGCUGAGACCCUUUUGAAUGGUGACGAUUCAAGUUCUUGUAAAAAAAACUGCAACUCCGAUUUGGUUGGGUCAAUGAGUAUUGAUAGCAACGAAGCUUCUAAAGCCAAGGAUGGCGAAUCUAAUAUGGAGCCAAACAAAUAUUUGGAGCCGCAAUAUUCCCGAAAAGAUCUUGCACUAUCUAUGCAGGGAUACGCAGUGAGAUUUUUGAAGUAUAACAACUCUCGGGUUCCUGUUCUUCAAGCACAUGCACCUGCUACUCCUGAGAGAAUGUCUGAUUUAGGGAUUACAGAAAUGUCAUGGGAGGAUCACCUUACAGAGGAAAAUCUCUUCUAUGCAGUUCCCUCUGGCGCGAUGGAAACCUACAGAAAAUCAAUUGAAUCUCAUUUGGUUCAGUUUGAGAGAAGUGGCAGUAGCAUGCAAGAGGAGGUUGAUACAUCUAUGUAUGAUGCUGGAGCAGAGUUUAGUUUUCAAGAGGCUGCAUAUGAUGAGGAUGAAGGAGAAACGAGCACCUAUUAUUUGCCUGGAGCAUUUGAAGGUAGCAAGUCCUCAAAAUCUAACCAGAAGAAGCGACAGAAGUUGAAGAUAUAUGCUUCUAGGUCGUAUGAAGCAGGUGCUGAUUUGGCUUUUGCGCAAUGCACAUCUGCAACUCAACAGCCCGUGUCGAUGGGGAAAAGGCCUGCUAGUCUCAACGUUGGUUCAAUUCCAACAAAACGCAUGCGCACUGCUUCCAGGCAGAGGGUCGUUGGUCCAUUUGGUGGUGGAGCUACUGGGAGUAAUGUUCAGGCUCAGAUGAAGACAGAUGCUUCAAGUGGAGAUACUAAUUCUUUUCAGGAUGAUCAGAGUACUUUGCAUGGCGGAUCUCAAUUCCAGAAAAGUGUGGAGGUUGAGUCUGCUGGGGACUUUGAGAAACAGUUGCCCUAUGACUAUGCAGAAACAUCAAUGAAACCUAAAAAGAAGAAGAAGGCAAAACAUCUGGGUUCUACAUAUGAUCAAGGAUGGCAGCUGGAUUCUGCUAUUCUUAAUGAACAGCAGAGGGAUCAUUCGAAAAAGAGAUUGGAGAGUCAUCAUUUUGAAUCGAACGGAACGAUCGGUUUAUAUGGGCAACAUAUUGCCAAGAAGCCGAAGAUAUUAAAACAAUCUUUGGAUAAUACUUAUGACAGUAUGACUCCAAUGGCUGGGUCCGUUCCUUCACCAGUAGCAUCCCAAAUGAGUAAUAUGUCCAAUACCAGUAAAUUUAUUAAGUUGAUUGGUGGUCGAGACAGGGGACGGAAAACUAAAUCGCUAAAGAUGUCUGUUGGGCAGGCAGGUUCUGCAGGUCCAUGGUCCCUGUUUGAAGAUCAGGCACUUGUUGUUCUUGUACAUGAUAUGGGCCCAAAUUGGGAAUUUAUAAGUGAUGCCAUCAACAGUACUCUGCAGUUAAAGUUUAUUUUUCGCCAGCCUAAAGAAUGCAAGGAGCGUCACAAAAUAUUAAUGGAUAUGAAUGCUGGUGAUGGGGCUGAUAGUGCUGAAGAUUCAGGAUCUUCUCAGCCUUAUCCAUCUACAAUACCGGGCAUUCCCAAGGGCAGUGCCAGACAAUUAUUUGAACGCUUGAAAACCCCAAUGGAAGAGGAGACUCUGAAAUCUCAUUUUGAGAAAAUAAUUAAGAUUGGUCAGAAGCAUCACUAUCGGAGGAGUCAGAACGAUAACCAGGAUCCGAAACAAAUAACAACAGUCCACAAUUCUCAUGUUAUUGCCCUCUCCCAAGUCUGUCCAAAUAACCUGAAUGGAGGUCUUCUAACCCCCCUUGAUCUAUGUGAUGCCCCUUCAUCAAGCUCAGAUGUUCUUGGGUAUCAAGGUUCUCAUGCUAGUGGUCUAGCAAUGUCAAAUCAGAGUGCUAUAGGGUCAUUACUUCCUUCUGGGGCAAAUGCCUCACUACAGGGAUCUUCUGGUGUGGUUCUUGGCAGCAACUUGUCCUCACCGUCUGGCCCACCUAGUGCCAAUGUCAGGGAGGGUAGAUACAGUGGUCCAAGAGCAUCAUCUUUACCAGUUGAUGAGCAGCAAAGAGUGCAACACUACAAUCAAAUGUUAUCUGGUAGAAACAUUCAGCAGUCCAGCUUGUCUGUACCUGGAGCUCUUGCGGGAACUGAUCGUGGAGUUCGUAUGGUACCUGGUGCAAAUGGAAUGGGCAUGAUGUGUGGGAUGAAUAGAGGCAUGCCGAUGUCAAGGCCAGGGUUUCAGGGAAUGGCUUCCUCAUCUAUGCUGAAUUCUGGGAGUAUGCUUUCAUCCAGUAUGGUGGGGAUACCAAGCCCUGUAAAUAUGCACUCUGGAGCUGGUUCUGGUCAGGGAAACUUGAUGUUAAGACCUCGCGAUGCUUUGCACAUGAUGCGGCCUGGGCAUAAUCCGGAGCAUCAAAGACAACUUAUGGUUCCAGAGCUUCAGAUGCAGGUUACACAAGGGAAUGGCCAAGGUAUUGCUCCAUUCAAUGGGUUGAGUUCUGGUUUUCCUAAUCAGACAACUCCACCAUCUGUUCAAACAUAUCCAGGUCAUGCCCAGCAGCAACAUCAAGUAUCCCAACAACAGUCUCAUGCACUCAGUAGUCCUCAUCACUCUCAUCUUCAAGGCCCCAAUCAUGGUGCGGGGCAGCAGCAGCAAGCCUAUGCCAUCCGUAUUGCGAAAGAGAGGCAGCUGCAGCAACAACGGUAUUUGCAACAACAGCAGCAGCAGCAGCAGCAACAUCAGCAGCAGUUUGCUGCAUCUAAUUCCUUGGCGCCACAUGUCCAGACACAGCCCCAACUUCCCAUUUCAUCAACUUUGCAAAAUAAUUCCCAAAUUCAGUCGCAAACUUCACCUCACCCAGUAUCUCUGCCCCCUAUGACACCAUCUUCCCCGAUGACUCCCAUAUCAUCCCAGCACCAGCAGAAACUUCACCUGCCGCUGCAUGGGCUUAGCCGGAAUCCUGGUGCAGUUGGGAUGACCAAUCAGAUGGGGAAGCAACGACAAAGACAACCCCAGCAGCACCAUCUUCAACAAUCUGGUAGGCACCACCCUCAACAGCGGCAACUUGCCCAGUCUCAGCAGCAGGCUAAACUUUCAAAGGGAAUGGGAAGGGGGAAUUCAAUGUUGCAUCAGAACCUCUCCAUUGAUCCUGCGAACCUCUCCAUUGAUCCUUCUCAUCUGAAUGGGCUUCCAAUGCCUCCAGGAAGCCAAGCCCUUGAGAAAGGAGAACAGAUCAUGCAGUUGAUGCAAGGUCAAGGUGCAUAUUCCGGGUCUGGCUUGAAUCCAGUAACAUCGAAGCCAUUGGUCCCCCAAUCACCAAACCAUUCUCAGUUGCCGCAAAAGUUACUUUCUAGCCCACCUCCUUCAUCAAAGCAACUCCAGCAAAUGCCUUCUCAUUCUGAUAACAGCACUCAAGGCCAGGUUCCACCAGUUCCCUCUGGUAAUACAAUAUCAGCUUCACAUCAAGCUGUCUCCCCAUCAAUUAAGGGUUCCAACCAGCAGCAGCUGCAGUCGCAGCAACAGGCACAACAACAGAAGCAAGCUAAUCAGACUCAGCCUUAUGUUCAGAGAGUGCUCCAGCAGAAUCGUCAAGUAAAUUUAGAGAUUCCAAACAAGUCUCAAAAUGAUCUAGCUCAGGUUGAUGAGCAACCUGGCAAUGGCACUUCACAGGUGGGUGUGAGCAUGGCAAUUCCUCAGUCCAGUAUUGAUUCAUCUAAUGUAGUACCAGUUCCUUCUGCCAUUACUUCUCAGUGGAAAUCAUCAGAACCAGUGUAUGAUUCUAACAUGUCAAAUUCAACCACUCAAGUGGGUCCGAUUGGGAGCCCACAACUAACAAAUUCAUCUGGGAAUGAGCCUGUGCCACCUAUCAGUCAAGGGUUAGGCCCUAGACAGUUAUCUGGUAGCUUGCCCUCUCACGGGCAUAAUGUUGGAGCACAGUGGCAGCAACAGCAGCAGCAGCUACUGCAACAGUCUCCUUCGCUGCCAUCCCCAUCCCAACAGCAUCAUCAGCAACAAGAACAGCAGCAGCAGGAACAACAGUCACCCCAACAUCAAUUGCCUCUGCAACAGCAGUCUCAACAGCAAAUGCAGCAUCUGCAAGCAGGGCAAGGAAGUUUGUAUAUGAUGACUGGUAAUUCAAAACCAGAAUGAAUGAUUCUAAGGAAUUGAGCAGCUGCAGCAACUGGUCCUGCCAGGGUUGGAUCCGCAUACCCUUGGUACAGUGGUGUACAGAUGAAGCUGAUUAUUCCAUAAGAGGGCAUCAACAGGAAGAGCUGGUCAUGGUAUUUGCAGGUUUUGUUAAAAAUUUAGCUGAACUAGUGAAGUGAUGUUGCAAAGGCAUUUUCCUUUUGUUUUUGGAAAAAUCUUGUAAAUUACCACUGGUCUAGAGCUCUGGGAAGAUAGAGACUGAUAUAGAGGUACGUGUACAGAGGUCUCUUAUCUUUCCUUUUCCUAGUACCUGUUUCUUUUAAUUUUUUUCCCUUAUUUUUUUUUGGUUUAUUUUCCUUGGUCUCCCUGCAAAUUUGUGGAGGGUGACCCUAUUUCUUUUUGCCCCAGUAGAUUAGCGCAUGUAUUAGUACCCUUUCAGAUUAAGGGGGUUGCAAUCAUUUUUAUGGGCAAAAGCCUUUUGCAAAUCUUGUGAAUAUUUAGAUGUCUGAUGUAAUACAUUGGUCAAUGGGAUUAGAAAAUAUCAAUCAUCUGUGACUGCCAUGUGCUACCUGGAAUUACUGUAACUUGUAACGGUUCUCAGUCUUAUAAUGCAACGAGUCUUGAUAGCUCAUCCA